AUGCUCGCAUCUAGUUUCGUCAGCCUCGCUUUGAGCUUCGCGACUGCGGCAGCCAAUCAUGUCACCUGCACCUGGCGACCUGGCCUAGAGACGCCAGACAAGUACGGAUACGUCUCAUUCUGCACAGCGAGGAAGGAAUACAUAGACGACAAGCACCAACGCUUCAUGUGCACCAGUGACCUAUCCAUCAAAGUCGCAGACUGGGGUUUUCUUGGAGAGGAAAUCCUCGAGAUGGCAACUCCGUGCAACGGCGGAGGCUACGCAAAGAAGUCACACUGCGACAAAGGAAGCUGGGGAGUCUGCUUUCCCCCUUCAAAGCAGUACAAUGGUACGACUUGUCGCUUUUGGGACCGCUUUGACGACUGCGAGUGGCCCGUUUUUCUCUCCUUUUUCGAGCUGCCCGACAACGUGACGAUUUGGUACAACUGGACUCCUGGCCCGGAGGACCCCAACAAGUACAACUACACGAUCUUGUGCCAAGCAUUCAAGUAUGAAGACAAUCAUAAGCAAGCCCGCUACCUCUGCAAGGGGCCGAAUCAGGUCAAGGUAGCAGACUGGGGCUAUCUCCGACCCAAAACGCUAGAAUUUGGCACAGCAUGCAACGGGGGAGGCUAUGGAGGCCAGCUGUGUGACAGGCGCAGCUGGGGUGUUUGCCUACCAAAGACUUUCGAGAACCCAAACCUCAACUGUCGCUAUAUGGAUCGAUACGAUGACUGCCAGUGGCCUCAAUUAUUGGCUUACGACGAGCUCCCAGAAGACGUUACCAUCUGCUUGAGCCCCGCUCUGGCUAACCACUUCUUUUGCAACUGGGACGGUCCAGGCGCAGACGUUCCCGAGAAGUACAAUUAUGAGCGAUACUGCUCUGCGAUCCAAACUUGGGCUGACGACACCCAUGCAACGUACACCUGCGAGCUGAGCGGAGUCAAAGUAGCUGAUUGGGGCUAUCUUCAGGAGGGUGUGUUAGAAAUAGCGACUCCGUGCAAUGGGGGAGGCUACGGAGACAAGCAUGAAUGCUCCUCGCACAAUUGGGCUGCCUGCGUCAAUCUGUCCAACGUCAAUAGCACGCACAAGGUCAACCUUUUUCCUUGGAAGUGCUACUAUUUCAGUCGCCAUGACGACUGCCAGUGGCCUACGGCUUUCACCAAGUCGGAGCUCCCCGAGACUGUUGUCAUCUAUCGUGACGAGUAA